AUGGCUGAUUUCAACUUAUUUUCCACGAAAACCGAUAUAAAAAAGUUAUUAUUCACAGCGGAUAAGUUCAAAUUCAAUGAACAGGGCUCCAAUGACUCAUGGCAAGAUUUGCCCGGUGUAACACCAACAUCACUACUUGCGUCUAUCGCUGAUAAUCAGUACAUACAUGAUUCGUCGUUAUCAUCGCUAACGGACAAUCGAAAUGAAAAUGGCUGGGAGACACUUGAUGACUAUUCGACAAUACCCAAAUCAUACGGCUUCAAUUGCGAACGCAAUUCGACAAAACCCAGUGGACACUGUCGACUCGAUCGACGUGGCCAUUGGCUACUACUGCCACCAUCGCCACAUCAUCCGCCUGAGAACGUUCAAGAGAAAAAGCGUUCGUCAAACAAUUCAAAUCCCGAACAAAUCUUUCCCGAUUCGUGUGAAAGUCUCACGGUUUCUGUAGAUUUACACAUUCCAACCGAUGAACUAAUGACUGACAAUGAUGGUGACAACGAUGACGAUGGACACAACACAACUGAACGACAAAAUGUCACAAUAGACAAUUCGCGAAACAAAUCGAGAUGUAUUAAACCUCAUCACGGUAAAUUAGCUAAUCAAGUUCAUCAGCGAGUAGUUUACGAACAAGACCUACCGAUUCGUUUUACAUUGGAAGAAUUUCUGAAAAGAUACAAGUUUAUUUGCUAUCCUUCGAGUAGCUCAAUUGAAAACAACGCAAAAGCAUGCGAAAGUAUUGUUAAACGUCUUAGAUUCACAGACUAUAUCAUUGGCAAAUCAAAAAUCUCAUUGCAAUUAGAACAUUUACAAAUCUUAAAUCAACAUUUCGAACAGUACCUAUCGAAUAUUAUCACUUGUCAAAAGUAUAUUAGAGGAUAUCUUGUUCGAAAACAUUUACUACACUGUGCGAAACGAAAUGCCAAAGAACGCCAUGAUUUUCUCACUCAAGUUCGUUUAACAAGUAAAAAAACAAUGGAUAGAUUAUCAGCAUUACCAAAAGUUUCAACGAAAACUAUUGAAUUGUCAAAACCAGAAAAUGACAACGCUGUUAAACGUUCGAAACACUUUAUCAAAAGACGAACAAAGGACAAAAAAAAUCCGGCACCUUCGAUUCCCGCUGAAGCAAUUCCUAUGAAUGAACAAGAACAACAUGAUAUGCUUAAAGUAGCUAAGAAAUUACAAUUACUCGAGAAAGAUGAUGUCGAUGAACUCGAGGGUGUCGACCAUCGAAUAACAUCAAGCAAAACAACGGAUGGCAUUCGAUCCUCUGUUGAAGGUCUGUCUGAGCGUGAAGUACGAAUACUUGUUCAAGACGAAUUCACACCUGAGACGAUGACAACACCAAAACAAUUACCACAAAAGCGAUUUCCAAUCGAAACAAAUAUCGCGUCGGGUUCGGGCCUACCGAGCAUAACAACGGCUGAUAAUCCUUUGAAAGUGCAUGAUGGAGCAAUUUCAGUAAUGGCAGCGAAGAUACCUAUUGCACCAACAAUGAAACUAUCGGCAGCUGAACAAUUGAUUCGAGAAACGAAAGUUGCUGCUGCAAGUGGAGAUCUGUUUGUGACAGAUUGGGCGGUUGGACAACAGGAAAAGAAACAUCCAGCUACUGUUCGCUCGAAAUCUGAGCCGCGAAAUAUUUUACUUGCUCUACAAGAUCAAAAUAUGUUAUCGGAACAGAAGCGCGACAUCAUCAAGAAGAUUCUCAUGUUACAGCGGCAAAAGUUCAAAGACAAUCAAGCUCGUAAAGCAAGUAAAAGCAAUGAAUUUGAACAUUCGACAUACAGUUUUGCCCAAAUGGAUCAGACAGCAAAGAAUGACGAUGAUGAUCUUUUGCCCGAUGAUGAACUGGUCGAUCCUUGGGACACGCCGCGUACAAUGGAUGUUCGUGAAGCCUAUGAUAAUACAGUACAUUGUUAUCGCCUAUCUAUGCGACUGUUAAAACUUGCUACUUAUAUUGUCUUACAUAUCGGUGUGCUAGUAACUGCAUUAGUGAGCAAAGGUGCUUUAUUAUUGAUGACAAACUCGGUGGCACAUGUCCAAGAGACACCUUAUCGUGAACGUUGGGUAUGGAUGUUACUGGCAACCGUUUGUGCACCAUAUAUCUUUACAUUCAUCGACAGUUUUGGUACAUGUUUAUUUGGAAAUAAACCAUGGCCAACUGUGAAGAUCUUCACGAUUGUUUUUUUCAUUGAAACUUUACAUAGUUUUGGUAUUGCGAUAUUUGUUUUUCAUAUUCUACCAAAACUGGAUGCAGCACGAAGUUUGUUAAUUAUGAACGCCGUCUGUCUUGUUCCUGCCUUUUUAAAAUUAUUUUUGACGAAAUCGAAUUCAUCUAUUGUACGACGAAGUCUUUUAUUUCUUAUGGACUUUUUUGCAUUCGCAAUGCAAUGUUCUUGUAUGGGUAUUGCAUUGGCAUCAAAAUUUCUGAAUACUGAUAGUUCUAUCCUUGUGCAAACGACAGCAUCUUCUGCGCCUUUACUUUUUCCUGGCAGUACAACAACGCUUCCACCCCUAAAUCGACAUCGACGACAAGAUGAGUCGGUAACAAUCUUCUCCGAUAUCAAUGAGAAUGAUAUGCUCACAACACCUAUUAGUAAUAUUAGUUCAAUAGAUAAAAAUUUACAAACAAUUUUAAGUAGUUUUUAUGUUCAAUGGGAACUACCGGUUGCAUUGAUUCUUGUUUCGUUAGCCUGGUGGGAAAAUUUUAUCGAUCGUGACAUUAAAAUAGGUAAUCGCACUAUAGUUCAUAUGAAAUUACUAAAAGAAAAUAUCGUUGCAACACGGGCCAAGACGUCGAUAAUCAUCACAUGUUGGAAAGUAUUCGUGACACUGAUUCUCGCCUAUCUAUUUCAUCAUGGUAUUUUUAAUACGUCUGUUGUCUUUCCAAUUCAUGAUAAUUCCGAACCAUUGCAAGAUCCAUUACCAAACUUGUCGCCAGGACAAAAUUCUUGGGCGUCAUUAGGUUUUGAUCAGCAACCAAUGCAAGGGUUAGUUCCGCUGACGUCACCGCGCGAACGUCGGUCAAUUGACAAUAUUACCGCGUUUGUCAAACGACAGAAACGACAAAUGGAGCUCGAUAUACCAAACGGCUACACUUUCGGUGAUGAACCGGCAAACCCACUUGCCAAUGGAAAUAAUCCUGUAGGCGGUGAACAAGGAUCAGUAAAUCCACGUGAUCGAUGGAUUUAUUAUUUAGCUCCUAUGAUAUUGAAAAUUAUAUCCGAUGCAUUAUGUUUCUACAUGGGUCGUUUAGCAUGUAAACUCUGCAUGCAACGGAUCUGUUUUGCCUUACCAAUUACGUUAGUUACACCUUUGGCUCUGACUAUUUUGUUAGUCAUGUGUUCUGCAGCACCGCAAACAACUGUUUUCGUGGACAAAUUUCUCUUCUGGAGUUGUUAUGCUGAUUAUGCCAAAGAUUCCUUUCGUUGGCAAGUCAUAUGCGGUCUUUCUCUUUGGUGGUUAUCGGAAUUAUGGAUUGCUGGACAUAUUUGGUUUGGAAAAAGUCAACGUUUAGCUUUUACAGAACGUUUAUUUGUUUCUCCACGUUAUUGUGCAACUUUGCUUGAACAAUCCUUAAUGAUGAAUCGACGCCGAAACGAACGUGAAGAGAUCCUUUCAGGCACAUACGACGAAAUGGGUACAGUGAAUGGUGAUACCGAAUACGACGAGCAGAGCAUGGAAGAAUUAUCCAUGGAGAAAAAACUAAGUGCAGAUGUACAUACAAAGAUCUACUCGUGUGCGACCAUGUGGCAUGAAACUGAAACGGAAAUGUUACAACUAUUGAAAUCGAUUAUGAGAUUGGAUAGUGAUCAAUGUGCGCGUCGAACUGCUCGUAAUUACUUACAUUUGAAAGAUCUUGAUUACUAUGAAUACGAAGGACAUAUUUUCUUCGAUGAUGCUAUGGAAGAAGAUGAAAACAAUGAACAAGUACCUAACAAAUUCGUUCAGCAACUACUAGGAGUGAUUGAUCGUGCAGCGACAGCUAUACAUCAAUGUCCAAUGAAAAUCCCUCCACCAUUCAAGACACCAACACCGUAUGGUGGAAGACUAACAUGGAUUCUACCAGGUGGAAAUUUCCUCAUUGCACAUAUUAAAGAUAAAACAAAGAUUCGACAUAAGAAACGUUGGAGUCAAGUCAUGUACAUGUACUAUUUACUUGGUUAUCGUCUUUUUGGCGACUUGAAUAUUAUCGAAAAACUGUACAAACGAAAACGAAAGAAAGAUUCAUCGAAGAGUAAAUCGAAGUUAUUCAAAGGUUUCGGAAAUUUACUAAACAAUAUGGACAAUAAGAAACGAAUACAAAUGGAAAAUACUUAUCUAUUAGCCCUGGACGGUGAUGUUGACUUUCGACCGGAAGCCGUACGUUUACUAGUUGAUCGAAUGAAGAAGAAUAAAAAAGUCGGCGCAGCAUGUGGACGUAUUCAUCCCGUUGGAAGUGGGCCAAUGGUUUGGUACCAGAAAUUCGAAUACGCUAUUGGUCAUUGGCUUCAAAAAGCAGCAGAGCAUAUCCUAGGCUGUGUGAUGUGUAGCCCAGGUUGUUUCAGUUUAUUUCGUGGUUCUGCAUUAAUGGAUGAUCAUGUUCUUCGUACGUACUGUACAAAAUCCACCGAAGCUCGACAUUAUGUACAAUACGAUCAAGGUGAAGAUCGAUGGCUAUGUACACUUCUAUUGCAAGAAGGCUACCGAGUUGAGUAUUGCGCAGCAUCGGACGCUUUGACAUAUGCACCGGAGACAUUUCACGAAUUUUUCAAUCAACGUCGCCGAUGGGUACCAUCUACCAUUGCAAAUAUCUUGGAUUUUCUUGCCGAAUACAAACGUAUCGUCGUUGUCAAUGAGAGUAUUUCGUACUUAUAUAUUAUCUAUCAACUCUUUCUUAUGGUUUCAACUGUCCUGGGACCGGCAACGGUACUUCUCAUGAUUAUCGGAGCGUUCAAUGCUUGUUUCGGUACAAGUCUCUGGCAAUCAAUGUACAUGUCCGUAUUACCAGCAUUUUUCUAUCUACUAUUAUGUUUUCAUACGACUACUGAUUUUCAAAUUCGUGUUGCUGCCUUUCUCUCUGCUGUUUACGCUGUUAUCAUGAUGGCCGUCAUUGUUGGUACGACUAUUCAAAUAGCAGAAGAUUCGUGGACAUCUCCGAAUGCUGUUUUCUUAAUGUUGCUGCUCUCGAUCAAUUUUAUUGCCGCCUGUAUGCAUCCACAAGAGUUUUGGUGCGUCGUUCCGGGCAUACUGUACUUUUUGUGUAUACCAAGUGGAUAUUUGUUCUUGAUGAUUUACUCGUUGUGUAAUUUGAACAUUGUCUCUUGGGGAACACGUGAAGCACCGAAAACGAAGAAGAAUCAAACGAAGGAAGAAUUGGAACGUGCGAAAUUGCAGGAGUUAACGCAAGCCAAACAGAAAUCGGCUGGCUUUUUCAAUCAAGUAUUUGCUAAUUUUAAUUUCAAAAAAUACGAUGAGAAAAUUCGUGCCUAUGCUCGAAAAUGGCUCGGAUUAGAACGAUCAGGCUUGAAUGGCUUACUUCUCCAACAAAUUCUAAGCGCAGUUGAACGUAUGGAAAAUAGCAAAUUUGAUGAAGAAAUGGAAGCCGUGGCAACGACAGGUCUCUAUCCCGAACGAAAUAAAACACCAGUUGGAUCAGAGAUCGAUGCAAAAUAUGGUCUGAUGCAAUUGGCUGCUCGAGCUGGUUCACCUGGCAUAACAGGUACACCAAUCAAUCGCGCAAGUUUUCCAAACGUCGAUCCUCACCAACAAUUGAUUUAUCGUGGUAUUCAAUCAGUUCGCAGUACACCAUACGGACAGGUCAUGUCUUAUGGAGGUGUGUCACGUCCAUUUGAGACACCUAUUAUAAAACGAGAUGAAUUAGUAAAUCCCGCAUGGAUCUUUCAUGAAUCAUUACUCGAUUCAGAAGUAGUUAUGCUUGAUCCACGUGAAACGAAAUUCUUUCAAGGCGUUAUCGAACGGUAUCUCUAUCCAUUGAUCGAAGAUAAAGAUCACCAGAAGAAAAUGGUUGGCGAAUUGAAAUCAUUGCGCAACAAUAGUUGCUUUGUUUUCUUUAUGAUCAAUACAUUAUGGAUAGUUAUUAUCUUUUCAUUGCAAUUAGUCGCUGAGCGUAUACGUGAAUUUGUCUUUAUACCAAUCAAACGUUUACACAGUGAACCGUUACGUUUCGAGCCACUUGGCCUGGGUUUUCUCCUAUUCUUCGCUACUAUCUUACUCGUUCAAUUUGUCUCCAUGCUGUGGCAUCGUUAUGGAACAUUACUGCAUUUAUUAGCAUCCACAGAUUUGAAAAUCUGUCAAUCGAAUAAUGGACAGACCAGUCGACAUAAUCGUCGCAGUGAUUUUACCGCUGACAAUGUCGAAGAUGCUGUCGAACAAGUUAAAGUUCUACAACAACUGAAAGGUUUCGAUGAAGAAGAUCUACCUGAACCGGAUUAUGACAAUGAUGAAAGACAAGCAUCGGAACCUGACCUCUCCACCACUGGACUUAUCUAUCGUGGCAAUGGUCGAUAUCUUAAAAAUUCAGCAUGUACAUCUCAACAAUGGAGCGAAGCUGCGAAAGUCAAUGAUAUGCAAAGAAACUUAGACACAACUGAUCACAGUGAUCUAUCUCAAAUCAUGGCAGGCUCAAUUCAUACUUAUGGAAGUAAUUAUGAUGCGAUUAAACGACGGCAAUUAUCGAAUAAACGCCAUUUAUACAAUAAAUCACUUGACCACGUGUUCAAAUCACGUUAUCAAGCGUUGACACAAAGCAAAAAUCCACCACAGAAAAAUCCACGUGUCAAACUAACCGACGUUUUUCAACAGCAGCAAUUGGUAUCAGCACGCGCAAGGCGAACAUCAAGUGCAUUGACCGUGCCGGAGAACUCCAGUGGGAAAAAUCUUUCUCAAACAUCGGAAGUCAUGAAGAAACAUCGAAGAAAAUCCAAAGACCGUCAUUUAGAACAUUUGUAAAGAUUUCAACAUAAACAGUUAAAUUAUUUAUUUUACGUCGUUCUAACUCGAACUCAUUGUCUCAAGAAAAACACACUCAUGUAUACCAUCGAUUUUGAAGAAUGUCUUAAAGACUCGCCUGUUUUUCGAAGUCAACUUCGACAAGCAGCCAAUCGAAUCGACAUACUUGAAGAUCGUUUAGAACAAAUAUUUUCAGUAAAAGACGAGAANGAAUGUCUUAAAGACUCGCCUGUUUUUCGAAGUCAACUUCGACAAGCAGCCAAUCGAAUCGACAUACUUGAAGAUCGUUUAGAACAAAUGUAUAAAAUGUGCAAUUCGCUCGUCACCAGUGGCAAAUUAUUCGUGCAAGAUUUUCAAAAAUUUAUUAAAUGUAUCUUUGAUGUACGUGAAUUCUUCUCAACUGACGAACUAGCUUAUAAAAGUCUCGCUAAAUUCGGUAAUUACCUCUACGAAAUCCAAACAUUAUUCUCCAGUCUAUUGGAACAAACAUCGCACAGUAUUCUUCGGACAUUGACACGAAUGUUAAAAGAAGAUAUCAAGAAAGUCAAAGAUCAGGGCAAAUUAUUCGAACGAUUAAGCACUGAUUAUGACAUAGCCUUGCAGAAGAACGCUGACGUAUCCAAAACAAAGCUUAAUAUCUGUGAAGAUGUUAGUAAGAAUUUGAUCGCAACUCGUAGUUGUUUUGGUCAUACAUCGAUUGACUACACUUAUCAAAUCAAUGUUCUCUUCGAUCAACAUAAAGUCGAUUUGAUUGAACUGUUCUUAUCGUAUAUCAAUUUCCACAAGGCCUUUUUUCAUCAAGGCUAUGAAUUAUUGUCAGCGGAAACAGAAGGGGAUGCUCAGGCCAUGACCACUGAAUUAAUCAAAACGAAGCAAGAUAAUGGCCAAAAACAAAAGCUAUUAGAAAAAAUGCAUGAAGCCAAUCAAAAACGAUACAAUCCAGAUGAUAAUCGAAGCGAUGGAUUAACACCUGAGUCAUCCUUAUCUUUAUCGAAAAUUAUCCCACCGCGAAAUAUCUCCCAACAAAAUUUAUUGAACAUGACUAAUGUACCUUCGAAUGGAACUGAAGUAACAAAAGAAGGUUAUUUGUUCAAACGUUCACAUAACAAGUUCAAAACAUGGAACAGACGAUGGUUUUGUAUUCGAAAUGGACAGUUGCUCUAUAUGAAACGGAAUAGUAGCACUGCUCUCCAUGAUAAUUCUCCCGAACAAUUUCCCUACUCAGUCAUGGUACCCGAUUUGCGUCUAUGUACAAUUCGUUCUUCAAAUGAUAACGACCGUCGAUUUGUUUUCGAAAUUAUUUCUCCGAACAGUUCACAUCUUCUUCAAGCGGAUUCGCAAUUAGAAUGUGAACAAUGGAUUAAUGUACUGCAUGCAACGAUAGCGCAUUUAUUCAAAUCAUCGAAUAAUAAUGAAAGACCAACUUCAUCCUCGUCUUCACCGAAGUCUUUAUUCGAUAAUCAUUCAAGUACACUUUCAAUUGCUAAAAUCGAAUUGAAACAAAAGAUGAUUAAAGAGAAAAUUGAAUACGUACGUUCGCUGCCGGGAAAUGAGAAAUGUUGUGAUUGUGAUGCUGAAAAUCCUGAAUGGGCAUCGAUUAACUUAGGCAUCCUACUCUGCUUGAACUGUGGUGGCGCACAUCGAGGUCUUGGUGUUAAUCUUUCCAAAGUUCGUUCAUUGCACAUGGACACGUGGGACUUAGAAACAUUGUUAGUCAUGUCAGAAUUAGGUAACAAUGUUGUCAAUGAAAUCUACGAAGCGCAAUUGUCAAGUGAAAUACCAAAACCAACGAUAGACACAGAUCCUGCUAAGCGUCGAAAUUAUAUCGAAUCAAAAUACGUUCUGAAAGCAUUUGUACGUCCGUUGCCUUCGUCAAAUUAUUUACGACCAACAACGCGCAAUAUUCGACGAUGGACAGUUAUGAAAAAUGCGGCCUUAUCAGCAAGUCUUGGAAGUGAUCUUGACGAUGAAAAUACUGCACAUCUAUUGAAGAACUAUAACCGACAACAACUAUUCAGGAAACCAAUCAUGCCUUCUGAUAAUGGCAUUGUCGCAGAUAAUCCACCGUUGAUAUGGAAUCAGAAUAUCUAUUUGUACGAUGCAGCUCGAAAUCGUAACGUACCGAUGAUGUUACAUGCAUUAGCUCUUGGCGCUGACAAGAAUUUCUCCAACGAACAUGACCAUGGACGAACACCAUUGAUAGAAGCAAUAUUAAGCAAAUCUGUCGCAGCUGCUGAGUUUCUUCUCACAAACAAUGCAAAAGUGAAUCUGCCAGAUGAAGACGGUCGAACACCUCUUCAUUAUGCAACUCAAUUAGCGAACAAAGGACGGGGACCGAUUAUACUGUUACUUAAACGUGGCGCUGAUCCUUUAUUAAAAGAUAAUCAUGGUAUUGAUGCAUGUUCACUUUCGAUGAAUCUGGCUGAUCCUGAUGUUAUUACAUGGUAUCGUUUGAUAGCAUUACAUGAACAAAUGAAAGAAGAAGAUGCCAAUGUUGAGAAAACCUAUGUGUCAAUCUUAGAUGAUCCUGUUUAUAUGAAAGAAAUUGCAAGAACGCCAUCAUUUUCAUCAUGA